GCGGCUGCGCCCCCGGGCCGGGCCGAGCUUCUGCCCCUACAAGGUUUGGGCCGUGGUGGGGGAGGGUCUUGGUCCCCGGCUCCGCCUGGUCCCUCCCCGCCUUUUAGGCGCCCGCGCAGUUGGGACAUCCCAGUCCCGCUCAGUCCUUCUUACCCGGCCCUGGUCCGCCGAGCCCUAGCAGCCAGCCCAGUCCACCAGGUUCUCACCACCCGCCCGCCGGCCCACCCCGCACCGCAGCCAUGGACGCCAUCAAGAAGAAGAUGCAGAUGCUGAAGCUGGACAAGGAGAAUGCCAUCGACCGCGCCGAACAGGCCGAAGCCGACAAAAAGCAAGCUGAAGACCGCUGCAAGCAGCUGGAAGAGGAGCAGCAGGCCCUCCAGAAGAAGCUGAAAGGGACAGAAGAUGAGGUGGAAAAGUAUUCUGAAUCGGUGAAGGAUGCCCAGGAGAAACUGGAGCAGGCUGAGAAGAAGGCCACCGACGCUGAGGCAGAUGUGGCCUCCCUGAACCGCCGCAUCCAGCUGGUAGAAGAGGAGCUGGACCGGGCACAGGAGCGCCUGGCUACAGCCCUGCAAAAGCUGGAGGAGGCUGAGAAGGCCGCUGAUGAGAGCGAGAGAGGAAUGAAGGUCAUCGAAAACCGGGCCAUGAAGGAUGAGGAAAAGAUGGAGCUGCAGGAGAUGCAGCUGAAGGAGGCCAAGCAUAUUGCUGAGGACUCCGACCGCAAAUAUGAGGAGGUGGCCAGGAAGCUGGUGAUCCUGGAAGGAGAGCUGGAACGCUCAGAAGAGAGAGCCGAGGUGGCCGAGAGCCGAGCCAGGCAGCUGGAGGAGGAACUUCGAACUAUGGACCAAGCCCUCAAGUCCCUGAUGGCCUCAGAGGAGGAGUAUUCCACCAAAGAGGACAAAUAUGAAGAGGAGAUCAAACUGCUGGAGGAAAAGCUAAAGGAGGCUGAGACCCGAGCAGAAUUUGCUGAAAGGUCUGUGGCAAAGUUGGAGAAAACCAUUGAUGACCUGGAAGAUGAAGUCUAUGCACAGAAGAUGAAGUACAAGGCCAUCAGCGAGGAGCUGGACAACGCACUCAAUGACAUCACCUCCCUCUGAGCCCACAUCAGUGUGACCAUCUCAGCCCCCUUCUCUCCCCUCUUUUCAUUUUCUCUAUGGGGAGGGGCAGAUAGGAGGAGCAAAAAUUGGCAUCAUUGCACAGCCAGAUUGGGAACAGCCUAGGGAGAGUCUCCAUCACCCCUGCUGCCCACUCUGGCACUGGCUUCAUCCUUCAAUCUCUGCACAAUGCCCUCCACCCGCUGCCCUCCAGCCCUCUCUGCUGCCUAAUAAACUCUAAACUUGGUCUCCA